AUGAGGGGGACUGAAGAACAGGCUGAGAAGGAUAAAGAAGUUGAGCUGUACGCUAAAGAGGCUGCACAGACUGGGGAAGUUGGUCAGCAAGUAGAAAGAGUUGAGGGGGUUGGGCAAAAGGCUCAGGAGACUGAGGAAGUUGAGCCUGUAGAUAUGGUGGAGGAGGAGCUUGAAAGCCAGAGAGACAUCAUCAAGAGGAUCAGGAGGGGAAUCAGAAUGAUAGAGAAUAAGGCAGGAAUUCCUGGAGCAAGAAGUGACUCACCUCUGAGAAUCGAUGUGGACCGGUGUUGGACGAAGGCUGUCAGCAGCAAAUGUAGAGGCAAGAGAAAUAGAAAAGGUGGCUCAUCGCCGGCAGGGGCUCAAAUGCGGGGAGAGCCGGCAGUCUUCACAAGCUUACGCACAGUCGGGCCCCAGGCGGAGCACGGCGGCGCGCGCCGCAGACGGCAGCCCACCGCUCUCAGGGGGAGAGGAAGCCCGCUCCGCCCCGACCCCAGACGUCGUCGGACGCGACCGAAGCUCCCACCUCCGCACGAGGAAACGUCCCCGCUCCCUCGGCACGACGCACCCGCUUCCCCGCAGGCCGGGGUGUCGAGCGCGCCGGAGGUCCGGGCCAGGGACCCGGAGACGGCGGCAGGCGGAGCUCGCCCGCCCGAGGACCCGCGCUCUCCGCACUCGGCGGGCG